AUGAGAACGGCCGAGACGCCGAGACGCAGAGCCAAGAGCUGGGAUCCAGAAGUGAAGGAGGGUAGGGGGAGGACCCUCCACAACAAAUAUCACAAGACAGAUGAGGGGUCGCGGGAGACAAGGAAGAGGGGCAAGGGAGGACCCGGAGCCCAACGGUCGCGGCUGAGCCGAGAAUGCACCAAAGGUGGGGGCCUGCAAAAACGGGCUGAGGUCCCGACAAAGGAAACGUCGAAAAAACGCGACAAUGCUGAGCACUCUGAGUGGGGGUACGAGGAGGAGUUUACACUAAGGGUUCGGCGACGAAAGGCUCGGAAAUCAUUGAGUGGCCCGAGCGAGGUAAAGAGGGACAACGAAGGGCGAGCCAGGGGCACGGAAACAAAAGAAAAAGCAGCGGUAGCGGGGGUCGGAGACAACACAACGAAAGCGACGAGAGAAAUCUUGCAGUACACGAACACGGAACGGAGGCCGUGCGGAUUGGGCACCGUGCACCACCACGCUCAGGGUAGACCAGGGAAGUGGCGGUGCAGGGAGAAGCUGAAAGUGCAGCGACGCACCACAACGGGGCCGGAAGAUCUUGGGAACCUGGUGGCAGGUUUUUAUAAAAGUCUUUUCAUCCUGGCUUCGUGGCCGAGCUUCCAGAGUGAAGAUUUGAAUCAUCUGAUUGAUGCCACUCAUAAGGAUGUGGAUGUUCUGCUGCUGCUGUCUAACUGUGCCUACUACGUGGCCUACUACGAUGACGAAGCUGACAAAGUCAACCAGUAUCAGAGGCUGAGUCUAGAAAACCUGGAGAAGAUAGAAAUAGGCCCUGAGCCCACGUUUUUCGGGAAGCCCAAGUUCUCGUGCAUGAGGUUGCAUUACAAACACCAGGAGACCAGCGGGUACUUCCACACGCUCCGAGCCGUGCCCCGCAGCCCAGAGGAAGAUGGAAAAGAUACUCUUCAGUGCAUCGCUGAAAUGCUGCGCAUCACCAAGCAGGCCAUGGAACUGGACGUAGCUAUUGUGGAGAAGAAGCUGGAGAGAAAGCACAGCAAACCCCAUGAGGACAUCAUCAGCAUCCGGACCAAGAACAGCAAGGGUCAGGUCCUGGGAAGCACAGGUCUGGCUCAGGGCAAGAACUUCCUGCUCAACAAAUUCUCUUCCCUGAACCAGAAAGUCAAGCAGACCAAGUCCAAUGUGAACAUAGGGAGCUUCAAACCCCUGGGGAAGUUGGGUAACUUCUCCAAGCCAGAGAUGAAGGUCAACUUUCUGAAGCCCAAUCUGAAGGUGAACCUCUGGAAAUCCGACAGCAGCUUGGAGACUUCGGACAGCACUGUGGCGGGGGCUCUCAAGGACCACUCGGAGUCCGACCUGGAGAUCUCCUCUGACUCUGACUCCUUUCACUCCAACGAGUUUCUGCCCAAUGAAGACGAGGACAGACAGCUGGCCGGUUCCCUGGAGAACUUUGACUACGUUCUCCCCAGCUGCGGCAUUGUGGCUGCAGCUCCUCGCUUGGGGAGCCGCACACAGUCCAUCACCAGCACCGACAUCUCUGGCACUCCGGCUCCUCCCUCCAUGAUCUGUAUCACAGACUGUGACCGCAAUCCAGAAAAACAGCCAGAGAACAAUGGGAAGUCUUAUGAGCAUCCGACACCUUCAGAGGAAGCUGUUCUGAUUGAUUUCGGGACCCCCAUUGAUGCUUAUUGCCACCAGUUUGUGCAGGAUGCCCAAAGCAAAGAUCCCUCAAUGGAGGAGCUUGGUUUCAACCAACCCCUGCCAGAUUCAGGUCACAGCCGCAGUAACCCUCCUGGAGAUGUGGAAGGGCAACUGGAGCAGAGGGAUCAGCAGCUGUCCAGGCCUUCCCAACUUGACGUGGCUACCUCUUUGGAAGCCAAUCUACUCUCCGUCCAGCCAGCCUCUUCUGCGGCUUCUUCAUCCUCACAGAAGAGCCUGGGCUCUCAGCUGCAGGCCAGCACAGGCCCGUCCCCCGUGGAGGGCAAUGGCAGCCGGGUGGCGUCUCCCUUCGCCAAGAUCCGCAGCUCCAUGGUCCAGGUGGCCAGCAUGACCCAGGCAGGCCUGACCCAAGGCAUCAACUUUGCUGUGGCCAAGGUCCAGAAGAGCCCCGAACCGGAGUCUAUUAAUGAAGCCCAGCAGAGCGACUUGAAAGCAAUGUUUACGCAGUGCCAGACAAGGAUCAUCCAGAUUUAGCCUUCUCUGCUCUGGGCAUUUUUCCCCCAGUAGAUUCUCUCUUGUCUAUGUGGCUUCUAGUUAAGCAUCAGUAGAAAUAAGCUUGCACAAAGAAGAAGCUGUCUUAGAGGGUUAACACAAUCCUGUAGCAAAGAUCACUGCUUCCAGAAAAAGCUCCUUUUAACAAUGUUUACAGUGACAUUUACAUUUGUAGUGUAGAAGAUAUGCAAGGUAAGAGAACAGUGUGACUGUGCCCUCUGUCCUGGCUCAAGAGCUUCUAAAUGAGAGGUCCCCAUAAUUUGGUUUAAAACAACUGUCUUCGUAUUGCAAGUAUUUACAAGGAAUGGCGGUGGAUUAGUGUAAUUUGUCAAAGCAACAGAAUAUUAUAGACCUCUAAACCUCAAAAGUUAAGGCUCUGACAAACAAAUCUUUAGGUUUUCUAAGUUUUAAAAUUGUAGAAUUUUUAUAUUCAAGUAUUCCUAAUUGUAUUACCAAUAGCAAUUAUGUGAUGUGUGCUCUUAGCUAUUGUCUUUUAGCACAGAUGCAAAAUGGACAUGCAAAUACAGCAGUUUUACAGUAUAUAAAACUAUGGGUAUUGAAACUUAGUGAUCAACCUUUACCAUGCUGACAUAAACCAAAACUAGAUUUUUUUUUAAGCAUUUUACACUACUGAGGAAUCCCCCCGGAUUGCUUAAGUAACUUAUUUUUAGGAGUGAUCCCGAGAGAACCACAGAGAGCUUGUUGAAGCAGUCCAGGGUGCUGUAAAAUGCUCUAAAACAAACCAGGUGGUCCCAGUGGGAUGUGUGUUGGGUAACGGUUUGAAUAAUUUGCACAUGAGAGAGGUCACUGGGCGAAAACCUGAAGAUUUCAUUUUUUUACAGCCUUAACAAAUUAUCGCUCAGGAAAGGGUACACAGUCACUGAGUCUAACCGGUGUCACAAGAAGUUGGUCGACCGAGAAAUAAGUUGACAUCAUCUAUAUUGCGUAUGCGCACGUUUCUGAAUUUAAAGGGAGGGUUUGUUGCAAAUUCAGUGACAAUUACAAGACUGAAACGCCCUUUUUUCAGAAACAAAAACAAAGGUAUUUUUAUUUAAAAAUUAGAUUUUUGUCAUAUUAUCUAUCUAGGUAUAAAAUCGAUUCAUGUUUAAUUAAUUUUUUUGCACGUCCUCAAAUAUUUUUUAAAUUUAUUUUAUGAUUUUAUGGUAACAAAUUUUAAAACAAAGAUGGCAGUCAGCCGCAGGCAGAUUAUACAGGAUGUUCAACUAUUAAGGAUCACAGACAGAAAAUACUUUCUGGCAUGAACCUUCCCUUUAAACUCAAAUUUACUCCCACACAGUAUGGACGAUGUCAGUUUUCCAUGACAGCGACAUGCAGCAUGAAAGAAGAGCAAUAGUUUUCCUCUGAGGGGGUUCAGGUUAGGUUUACAAGUACACUGGAACUGGCACAGUGCCGAUCUAACUGAAGCUGACAUCAAGUCCAACUUUAGACCUGCGCUGGAGCUCAAUAGUCCACGCACUCUGUAUCCACUGGCGCUGUUUAUUGUGGCACCCAGGCUGCCUGUCUCCUUGUUUCAGGUAGAUUUUCAAACGUUGACAUUUCAAAAUGUGCGUAAUAGUGCUGACACUGGACAAAAUCAGGCUGUUCCUAACUUUUAAGGUGUGACUUUCAGUGCUUUAAAUUCUUAUUAGUGUCGUUCUAAUCUGCCCCUUGUAGAUUUAUCUUAGGUUUCCACUCAGAUGAGACCCAGUUAUCCUGUUACUCUCUCCAUUCACUUCCUGUGUUACAAGAAAUAGGACCCCAACACAGGAUGUGAGUGUAAAACUCAGGUAGGAGCCUAUUGUCUGUAACACAGGAAGGAAGUGCACUUAUAUUGUUGUGACAGGAACAAUGGGUUUCACCUUAAGUAAAAAUAAAACACAAAGGGGGGGCUGUGAGAAAGUUGUUAAUGAGAACUUGUAUUUUACAGCAUUGAUGAUUAUUCCUUCAAAUUAGAAUAAGUCUUUCCAUUAACUUAUGCAUUCCCUCUCCUAAAAAUGCUCUGAACUAGUUACCAGAGAAGUAGUUGUAUUUUUAAAGAGAAGUUAUAGAGUGAGCUUGCGUAAUCACACAUUCCUGGUGUCUGAAAUGGUUGUCUUUACUAUACCUCUUUACAAUAAUAAUAAUAAUAAUAAUAAUAAUAAUAAUAAUAAUAAUAAUAAUAAAGGUAAUCAUGUAUUAAUAUUUCUUGUGUAGAACAUGUUUUUGACCCGGCAGUUCUCCAAUUCAAGGGAUAAGAGAGUUGCUAAAUUUUCAAAAAGGCUUCCUGUUGAUGUGCUUUGACUGUGACCAUGGUUAGAAUAGGAAUAAUAAAUACUGGGUAGUGUUGAUCAGUAAGGUUUAUUAAUAAACUGGGACAGAUCUGCGCAGAACAGAACCUGUAUCAAUUAUUAGUUGAAAGCAGAAAUGCAGAAAUGU